ACGUACACUGAAUUUACCAAGUGACUGAGGAAGGGAAACAUGAGUACGAGUCUAUUGUUUUUUUUUUCCUUACUUUUUGACUAACCAAAUGCCACAAUAUAUCAGCACUGCACGCAGUUAAAUUGACUAAAACAUAAUUAGUGCUAAAAAAAGAUACUUAAAUCAUGAUCGUCUAACAGUAAAGCCUCACACCUCCCCCAGUAGCCCUCGUAGUCACGUGACAGUGUGUAGAACCAAAAUGGCCGCUGUUGUAUUUUGACGUAUAAUAGCUAGCUACUUUUCUUUUUGUUUCAUUCUUGAUAGAAAAAUAGCAAACGAGAGACUUCUUGGAGGGACUGUGUCUUUCCAACCUCCGCGUACCCGUGUCCUAGUUUUUACCUAGAAGACAAUCAAGACUGACACACAUUUGUUGGACGAGUUAGACUAUGCAGCAUAUUUAGUUCUAAUACAGGCUAGCUAGCUGGCUCUGGCUGGCACACACUAAAGCUGUUGAAAGUGAAAUAGCUAGCUAACUUAGCAGCGAUGGAGGAGUUGAGCGCAGAUGAGAUUCGCAGAAGGCGAUUGGCACGACUGGCAGGGGGACAAACAUCACAGCCCAGCACCCCUCUUAGCACACCCCUGACAUCCCCACAGAGAGAAACUCCCCCUGGACCCCUCCCUGGACCCUCAGGUGCCACACCCCAGCCCCUGCCACCAGCUGCCUCUCAAUCAUUGGGAUUAAAUGUCAACAGUGGUACCCCUGCCACAUCUCCUAUGGGCACUUCUGGGGUGGCGUAUGGUAGUCAGAGCAGCGAGGGUGUGAGCUCCCUCUCAAGCUCCCCUUCCAACAGCCUCGAGACUCAGUCCCAGAGCUUGUCCCGAUCACAGAGCAUGGACAUUGACACUGCCUCCUGUGAAAAGAGCAUGUCCCAGGUGGAUGUUGACUCAGGGAUCGAGAACAUGGAGGUGGAGGACAGCGAUCGCAGGGAGAAGAGGAACUUGACUGAUAAGGAAACCUCUGCAAACUCAGAUGUCUCAGAAGAACAGGCACUGCAGCUCAUUUGUAAGAUCCUCCGCGUAUCGUGGAAGGAGCAGGACAGAGAUGUCAUCUUUCUCCCUUCACUGGCUGCAGAGUUUCUACAGAGCCCUAAAGAUGUAUACUCCGACUUCAAAGACCUGAUCGGUCAGAUCCUUAUGGAAGUCUUAAUGAUGUCCACACAGUCACGUGUACACAACCCCUUUGCCAGCUUAACCGCCACCUCUCAGCCAAUUGCAGCAGCCAAAUCCCCAGACCACCGUCUCACGCUGGUGCAGCCCUCCAGCCAAGGUGGCAGCCCCAUGGGCCCCAGUGCAGGAUCUUUUGGAGCCAGCUCUCUGUCCAGUCUUGGUGCAUGUGGUGGGUCAAUGUCCUGUGACGCAGCCAGUGACCGCUUCACCAUUGAAACUUGCAAAGAGACAGAGAUGCUGAACUACCUCAUAGAGCGUUUUGACAGUGUUGGCAUGGAGGAGAGGAAAGCCCCCAAGAUGUGUAGCCAACCAAAUGUCAGCCAGCUUCUCAGCAACAUUCGCUCUCAGUGUAUUUCCAAUGUUGCCCUGGUCCUGCAAGGCACCCUGACCCAGCCACGGAGUCCUCUCGAGCAGUCUUUGCUGGUACCUUAUAUGCUGUGUCGGAACCUUCCUUAUGGCUUUAUUCAGGAGCUGGUGCGCAUUACUCACCAGGAGGAAGAGGUGUUCAGACAGAUCUUCAUUCCCAUCCUCCACGGACUGGCUCUAGCAGUGAAAGAAUGUUCCUUUGACAGUGACAACUUUAAAUUCCCCCUCAUGGCAUUAGCUGAGCUUUGUGAGAUCAAGUUCGGGAAGACCCACCCAGUGUGUAAUUUGGCAACAUCGCUGCCUCUCUGGUGCCCCAAACCUCUAAGCCCUGGCUGUGGAAGAGAGGUCCAGAGAUUGUCCUACCUAGGAGCCUUCUUCAGCCUCUCUGUGUUUGCUGAGGAUGAUACUAAAGUAGGAGACAAGUAUUUCUCUGGCCCAGCCAUCACCAUGGAGAACACUCGAGUCGUCAGCCAGUCACUGCAGCACUACCUGGAGUCAGCAAGGGGUGACUUGUUCAAAAUUCUUCAUAACGUCCUACUAAAUGGAGAAACCCGUGAGUGGGCUCUCAACUACAUGGCAGCUUUAGUCAACUACAAUGUGAAGAAAGCUCAGAUGCAGACGGAUGAUAAGUUGGUGUCUACAGACGGCUUCAUGCUCAACUUCUUAUGGGUGCUGCAACAGCUGAGCAUGAAGAUCAAGCUGGAGACAGUGGACCCUUACUAUAUUUUCCAUCCACGGUGUCGCCUUGUCGUCAGCUCAGAGGAGACGCGUCUGAAAGCCACCAUGGAGGAGCUCAAGAGCUGGAUCACUGAACUCCAUGAAGAUCCCACCAAGUUCUCAGAGCCUAAGUUCCCUACUGAGUGCUUCUUCUUGACACUGCACACCCACCACCUGUCUAUCCUGCCUGGCUGCAGGCGCUACAUACGCAGGUUACGAGCCAUCCGCGAACUAAACAGGACUGUAGAGGAGCUGAAGAAUAGUGAAAGCCAGUGGAAAGAUUCUCCCCUCGCUAGUAGACACAGAGAGAUGCUCAAGCGAUGCAAAACCCAGCUAAAGAAACUGGUGCGAGCCAAAGCUUGUGCUGACGUGGGCCUUCUGGAUGAAAACCUGCUCCGCAGAUGUCUGCAGUUUUACAGCACUGUCAUUCAGCUCAUUCUCCGCAUGGUGGAUCCUGACUACCCUAACAUUACCCUGCCACUGAACCCUGAAAUUCCCAAAAGCUUUGCUGCUUUGCCCGAGUUCUACAUCGAAGAUGUGGCUGAGUUUCUGCUUUUUGUUGUGCAGUAUUCUCCCCAGGUUUUAUAUGAGCCGUGCGUGCAGGACAUUGUCACCUUCUUGGUCGUGUUCAUCUGCAGCCAGAACUACAUCAGGAAUCCCUACCUUAUUGCCAAGCUGGUUGAGGUGCUGUUUGUCACCAACCCUGCUGUACAGCCUCGUACUCAGAGAUUCUCAGAAAUGAUGGAGAACCACCCGUUGUCCGUCAAACAGCUGGUCCCUGCCCUCAUGAAAUUCUACACUGAUGUUGAGCAUACUGGUGCUACCAGCGAGUUCUAUGAUAAGUUCACCAUACGGUACCACAUCAGCACCAUUUUCAAGAGUCUCUGGCAAAACCUUGCCCACCAUGGCACCUUUAUGGAGGAGUUCAACUCUGGCAAGCAGUUUGUGCGCUACAUCAACAUGCUGAUAAAUGACACCACCUUCUUGUUAGACGAGAGCCUCGAGUCCCUGAAGCGUAUCCAUGAGGUUCAAGAAGAGAUGAAGAACAAAGAGCAGUGGGAACAGCUGCCUAGGGAGCAGCAGCAGAGCCGCCAGUCCCAGCUGACUCAGGAUGAGCGGGUGUCUCGCUCUUAUCUGGCUCUGGCCACAGAGACUGUUGAAAUGUUCCACAUCCUCACAAAGCAGGUCCAGAAGCCUUUCCUCAGGCCUGAGCUGGGACCUCGUUUAGCUGCAAUGCUGAAUUUCAACCUUCAGCAGCUCUGUGGGCCGAAGUGUCGUGAUCUGAAGGUGGAGAACCCGGAGAAGUACGGCUUUGAGCCUAAGAAGCUUCUAGACCAGCUAACCGACAUCUACCUGCAGCUUGACUGUGCCCGCUUUGCUAAAGCAAUAGCAGAUGACCAGCGGUCAUACAGCCGCGAGCUCUUUGAAGAAGUGAUAUCAAAGAUGAGGAAGGCUGGUAUCAAGUCAUCUAUUGCCAUUGAGAAAUUUAAGCUACUCUUGGAGAAGGUGGAGGAAAUAGUCGCCAAGAACUCCCAGUCGGAAAUGGACUACAGUGAUGCACCUGAUGAGUUCAAAGACCCUCUUAUGGACACACUGAUGACCGACCCUGUGAUACUGCCCUCUGGGAACAUAAUGGACCGAUCCAUUAUUCUGCGCCACCUCCUCAACUCUCCCACUGAUCCCUUCAACAGGCAGCCACUAACAGAGAGCAUGCUGGAGUCAGUCCCUGAAUUGAAAGAGCGGAUUCAUGCCUGGAUGAGAGAGAAACAGGGCGGGCGGCUCAUCUAAGGAGCCAUGUCAGCCAUCGUCUGCCCUGUUAACCAUCAUUAAGGGAUCGGUCCAAACCGCCUGAAUUUAGUGUCACUACAACCAAUGACAAGCAACAAGAUUUUGAAUGGAAAAAAAGGAGACCUGAAAUGAUUUUUAUUUGCAUUUACCCUUUUUGUCUCAAACCAUUAUCAUGGUUCUAAAAACAAAAUAUAAUAAAGUUAAGACUUUUAAGUUUUUCUCAUGAGUUUGUGUAUAUAUAACAAAAUAUAUACAUAUAUUUAACAAGAGUUAGUUAAUGCAUUAUAAUGCUGCAAGUUUCCACCAACAACAGGUUUACCAGCGAGGUGCAUACAGUCACUUCAUUGAUCAUUUUCCUUAAUGGUUCUCAUUUUGUUUUGUAAUACUCUGUAUGUUGAUUAAAGACUUAUGGGGGAAGGUAGGGGCAAUACAUUUGGGAGAGUGUGGGUGGGUUUGGAUAAAUUUGUUAGCCCUGAGUUUUCACUAUCAAGACUGUGACAGUUAUGAACUUGAGUCCACGUAAUGUAUGCUGGUGUCCAAGAGCUAACGGACGCGCAGUUUGUGCUUGUAGACAAAGUUCAGACUUGGGAAUAUCCAUUAAGGAUGUAGCUUAACGUAAACUAAUCCUAAAUGUCAGCUUCCUUUUGAGUACAGUAGAAAGAUAAGCAGUGGUUUACCAAAACACAGUAUGUUCAGUUGUUCCUUUUAAGUCACAUUUUCCCUGCUGACUUUGAUAGACUGAAUUUACUUCUUGUGUGUGCAUGGCCUCAAGUGCAGUCUCUCCUAAGCGCCUCAUGGACAAAUUCACCCUCUUUAGGCGGAGUGGAAGGAUCAUGAGAGAAUGUAGCAUGACCACAAGUAACACCAUUGUAGGAGCACACCAUUAAAAGUCUGCUCUUCAGAACCACUGACAUCUCACCUCAAGAUGGUCACUUUCAAACAGCACUGUACCUAACCUGACCUUGCUGACCUUAACUGUACAGGAUCUGAUUUCCUUUACCCACAAACCUGUUUUGGAAGCUAGGAUUUUGAACUGAAAUAAAUGAUGAUGCACAUUA